GGAUUUAUGUUUGUUCUAUUAUACUGGAUUUCAUUUAUAAGAUCAACUGAUAAAAUUAUUAAGUUUUGAUUAUUGUUGUUUUGCAAUUAAAAAAAAGGUUAAAUAUUAAGAAUUUUGCAAUGAUCUUAUCAUAUCAAUUAUCCAAUGAUUUGAAAUGAUGACACAGGUGAAAUACAAAUAAAUGUAAUUGUCAACCAGAAAAGGUAUUAUAUCUAGAUCUUGAAAUGAAAAAAGAUACCUUCAAGGACAACUAAAGAAGCUGCCCUGUAGUUAAACAGUCAAGGUUGCAUUAUUAUCCUGUUCACUUUUCCAACAAUGGAACUGUCAUUUCUUUGGAAUAAAAUGAAUAUAUUUGGGACGUCAAAACGUCACCUGCCUAAAUCGAAAACGAUGAGUUUUGGUCGUCUGGUUCGAGAGACGUCGUCGGCCAUGCUAACAAUUACCCUGUCUAUAGUCAAUGUUGUUCUAGGAAAAGAUAAAGAAGAAAUGACGCUAAAAAUUGACGAUUUACCCAUCGAAAUUAUAGCUCACAUUUUUACAUUUUUGUCUGCUAAAGAUUUAAAUGUUGUAUCUUCGGUUUGUCGACGUUUUUACGAAGCAACUUUAUUGGAAUCAAUUUGGAUAAUUAGAUGUCGUAAAGAUUUUAAUGUGCCAAUUAAAAAGUUUAGUGGAUUCUUAUAUAGAGAUCUUUAUACAAAAGUAUUAUAUCAGUAUAGAUCAUUAAUUGGACUUUGGCAAUCAGAUGUACCAUCAUACGGUGGAUUAUUGGAAGUUAAGUUUGAAAAUGGCAAAUUGAUAGGAACCCAGUUAUAUCCCCCUCAAGAUCCUUAUAUUAAUAGGCCAUUACGAAGAAAACCGCUGUUUAGUAUAGGAAUUGAUUCAAAUGAUGAAAAAAUUGUACUAUGCACUGUUUGUGAAAAUAGCCAUAAAGCAGAAGUAGAAAUGAAAGAAAAUAAUGAAUUUCAUUUCAAGUGCUUAGAUAUUGACACUCAUAAAAGUCCAAAUAGCCGGCAUCAGGCUCUUAUUGAUUGGCUGGUAGAAGAAACUGCUGAUGCACUUGAUCUUCCACAGUUUCCACGAAGCCAAGAAUUAUUGUUAAUGAAAUACUUAAUUUUGGAACAAUAUAAAUAUAAUUGUAAAUUUCAUCGUAUUAAUUGUCCUACAACUCAAAGAAAUGUUCCUAUUCAACCUGGUCUCUUUAAAGGAACAUAUGGAGCUCAUGGUUUAGAAAUAAUAAUAUUACAGUAUGAAGACUGUGGUACAAAAGCAACAGCUUUCAAAGUUUCUGGAGAUCCUAAUGUUCCUGCAGGUCAAGUCACAUUCCAAGUGGAUCUUUCUUAUCCAAUGGUUUUGGCACCUGAACAACAACAACAAAUGGCUCUGUUAGAUGAAUUAAAAGUUUUUCGAAUGAGUCCUUCUCUUUCACUCAAUCUUCCUGCUCAGCCUUUUCAUCUCCCAGUGGAUUGCUAUGAACGCUAUAGACAGAUUCCCCGAAUGUGUACUUCAAGGUAUCAUGCUUUGGGGCAAAUUGCUGGACAAGGAUUUAUCAAUCCAUCCUUUUCUCGUGGACAUUGGAUCAUCUUCAAUGAAGAUCUUUUUGGAUUUCUUUGGUUGGAUUUGUUGUCACUGAGCAUGUAUCAUAGAGUGCAAAAUCUAUGCACAACAUAAUGUAUAUAACUUUCUCUAUACAGUAUAUAUAUAUAUGUGUAUAUUCAUUUUUUUAAAAGUAAUUUUUAAAAUACCUUCAAUGUACCUGCGAGAAAUGUUUUAUUGGCAUUUUAUCGAGUAUUCUUUAAUGUUGGCCAUUUCACUAGAUGGGAUGUUUAUUAAGCUUAAUGCAAAAUGAUGCAAACAAAGAAAGUAGGUGCAAUAAAGUUUUUAUUAAUGCAAUAGCUGACAACUGAAAAUUUCUUCCCGAGCAUAAACAAUUUGUAAAAUAACUAUUGAGUAAUUUAUAGACACUAGCAUUACGACUAAUUAUCUUCUUGUUUAAUGCCAAAGAUUACGUAGAAAAUUUUAUCAUUUUUAUAUACAACGCACAAACAUGAAAAUGUUUAGACAUUUUGUUUUAACUGAAUACAUCCUUUAAGUUGAAGGAAGCCAGUUUGAUUAAUAUAUGCAUAUGCUUAAUUACAGUUAUGUAAUAACGGGAACUCAUUUUAUGCAUAAUUCUGUUUUUAUACCAAUCCUUAUAACAAAUGUGCUCAAUUUCCAAUUGUUUUUUCUAAAUACCAUCUGGAUAUUUAAGUUAUCCCACUGAAAUAAAUAGUAACGCUUCCAUUUUUUUAUUUAAUUGUGUAAGCAAUCUUGUUUGAAUUGUAGCAUAGCUAUAGAUUUCCAAACUAUGAAAUAGUUUUGAUGUGCUGAUAAUUUUUGGCUUCAUAGAAAAAUGGAGUGUUGUAAUGGAAAAAUGCAAUUAAUUAGAAAAAAAUGUGAUUUUUUUUUUAAUGAACAUUUUAAUGUUUUUAUUUUAAAUCAUUCUUAGAAAGACUGGAGAUUAGUUUUACUUUCAAUCUUGUGAUAAUAUUAAUAUAAAAAAAUUAUGAUUUUUGUUUGUUCCUAUAAAAAUUUUAGUUGUAUUAUAAAUACCCAUAUGAAAUUUUAUUUCUUAAAAAUAUUGUAUUGUGAUGUCUUGCAGACUAUAAAACGAAUCGUUAACGAGAAAAAAAAACUAUUGUACUUAACAUUGAUAACAAACAUGUAUUGUUUUGUAUAUAGAUGAAAACAUUGAUGUGUAAUUUGAAGUGAAUGAUAACGAAAAUAAAUAUUUAAUAUUUGAA